CGGGUAUUAAAUUGCCUUGUUGCUAUUAGCCGUGCAUCUCUGAUUUCAAAUUUUAUACUAGGGCAAGCCUAUGAUACAACAACAACAACAACAACAAAAGAUAAAUAAAAAGAUAAAUCUAUAUGAAAAAAAUACGCUCACGGCAAACGAAUAAUGAUAGAUCGAUAAAAAAACGAAUGCAAAUAUUUGAAGAAAAAAAAACAUUUGUUUAAAUACAAGUGGGAGUGAGGUGAAUUGGCCCUACUACGAUACAUGUUUAUAAUAUGUUUUACUUUUAAAUAAUGCUAUACGAUACGACAAACGGGUGUAUGUGUCUGCCACCAGCACCGGCACCAGCGCCGGCACCAGCAUCUACAUCCAAACCAGCGCCGUCACCGCCAAAAAUCAGAAAGCCAGACAAAGGCCACAUGAACAUACACUACCAUCCCACAAAUCCAACGGCAACCACAACCUUAGCGCCAGCAUCGCAUACCGACAAAACUUAUUCAGAGUCAACAUUACCCAAUAACAACCUUAACCAAUGCCGCGAGACCUCAUGCAGAACCAAAACAAUUGUCGCCGUGGUAGUCUCUGUAUCAUUUGUUCUAACCAUACUUGUUUUCUAUCUUGUAAAAAAGAUAAAAAAAAGCAAAAGUAAAAAAAUGAGCCAAGAAAAUAAUCCAAAUCACACAGUAUCCACUCUCCCUUUAAUUCACCCUUUGUACUGUCCAUUUCAAAGCAUAGAUAGUUUUACUCUCCUCAACCCCACCACCACCACCUCUUUUUCUUCUUUGUCUUCGUCUUCUUUCUAUCAAUUUAGCUUUUCGGAUAAUAGAUCUUUACAUAGUUUUGACAGACGCCCCCCAAGCACCACUUCAAUAGACGCACUCGUAGAUCCAGUAAUGGCUUCCGGAAGUCCUCAUCCAUUCAACACACAGAAUCACCGCAAUAACUGCCAGUCGGCGAGAAUACCGCAGACAUAUGACUCGUUUUCAGUACUGCCACCGCCAUUGCCGCAUAGAGCCCGCUCCGACCAACACAAUUUAGAAACCCAGCAACAACAGCAGCCACCACCACCAUUGCCCAAUCGACCCCGGACCUACCAAACUUACCAGCAACAGCAGCAACAUACACAAAGAACAACCUUGAUACCACCACCUCCAUUGCCUCCUAGAGCGCCAGCAGUAGCAGGAGCAGCAGC